UUGAAUUCUAAUGCGACGACAAUGACGGAGUACAACCGGCACUUUGAGAGGGCGUUGGACUUGAUUGAUGUCUAUCGCAAGCUGAUAGACUGCCACCUGGUUGACUUCAUCACCGAAGGAUUGUGGGACGAGUGCUUGCCGGAGGGACUCAGGGCGGAGCUCGAGAGCGUCGACGCGAGCGACGAUAUCUGGGCAGAGAACGGCGCGGACUCGGAAUUGACUAGUUUCAUACAAUCGACGAGAUCGCUCUCCUUAGAGUCGUGCCCGGCUGUCAUGCGCGCGGACGACUUGCCAAAGCUGUUACCGCAGCCUUCCAAGGGGCGUUGUUCGAUCGAGGGCGAACUUAUUCGCCCCAAGUCCGAGCUCAUGAAUGCAAAGAAGUCGCACGAGAUUGAAGUGCUUGGAAAAGUCAUCGCCGAAAUGGCACUUGCCACCAGCAGCUUGGUAAUAGACGCCGGAGCUGGGAAAGCGUAUCUGUCGACGUACUUGUCGGAACAUUUCGAUAUUCCUGUAUUGGCAAUCGAUUCGUCGCUAGUUUGCCACAAGGGUGCGACUAGUCGUCAGGAAAAGAUUCAGAAGAGGAAACGGCCGCUGACGAAGGUUCGAUAUAUAGUUCAAGAGUUGGACGACACGACCAAUUAUAGUAAAAUGGUGAAUACGCAUUGUCCCGAUUGGAGCGUAAACAAGAAUCUCAUCUUAGCGGGACUACAUACCUGUGGGAUGCUCGUGCACUCGGUGAUCAGAGCUUUCGUACGUGCGAGGGACAUCAAUUUGCUCCUUGUAGUUCCAUGCUGUUAUCACUUGGCGGAUGAAACCCUGAGCGGACGCUGGAAUUUCACCAGAAAUGCCAGAAUGUUGGCUCAGCAAUCUGUCGAGAGGAGCAAACAUAACAAGCAUCUUUCUCCUUCGUUAUUUUACAGAGCCGUGUUGCAAGUUAUUUUACAUUCAAUGGGACAUUACAAUGCUAAAGUGGGUCGUGGUGGAUCAUUUAAUAAUUUCGCGGAUUACGCAAAGUGUGCGCUAUCCAAACUCGGGGUGGAUAAGAAGCAGAUACCAUCCGCUUACGUGUUGCAACAAAUAUAUCAAAAUCACAUGCAUUUCGAACCAAAGUUGCGUCUCUUCCAAAUGUUGAGAAUAUAUAUGAGCUCAGUGGUGGAAGCGGCAAUCAUGUUAGAUAGAGUAAUGUUUUUACAAAACAAUAUCCAGUGUUCCAAAGUUGCUGUGAUACGCUUGUUUGAUCCAGCACUCUCUCCCAGAUGUUAUGGAAUAAUUGCAACGAAAUAGUAAAUAUGUAAAUAAUAUUAACAAUGUUAUGAAAAGAAGAGAUUUUAUCUGGUUAUGAAACCAUACUCUACUUUAUUCGUAUUUUAGAAAGUAAGUUUUGUCACUCUUGAUAUAAAUAUGAAUAAUUUACACAUGAAAUAACUAAACUGUUGCAUGUAAAGGCAAUUUUCAAUAAAUUUUUCUAUAAAGUA